AUGAAGAUUCUAGCAGAAGCUGAGAAUGAAAGUCAGAAUUGGAGCAACCUUGGACUUGAAAACCUGUUUCCUGCAACUGCAGACUCACCAUCUCCCUCGGUUAAAGAAUUUGUCAACGGCUACCAUGUCUUGCAAGAGAUGGGAUUCUCGGCGAACAAUGUUGCAGAAGCAUUGCUGAUGUAUGACAAUGACGCGGAUAAGGCAUUGGCACACUUCCUCGGCGGCUCACCUUGA